CCUUGGAAGCUGUUGACAUCAGAGGCUGUAAGUUAAUUAGAUGUGGCCCCAGAGCAUUGUGGGUCUUGCCAUCUAGUAGAAUUAUUUUUUCUUAAAUUCUUCUCUUUAAUUCAGUCCCAGGGUAGGAGCUGUCUUGGCUGCCUUAUUUGGUGGGGAGUCUGAGUUGCUGGGCAAGUGAUGAUGUCUGUGAAUAACUUCUCUUUCUUCCCUUUUGGCAGAUGGCAGUAGGAAUGGCUGGGGACAGUGAGAAAUGGUCGUGGCCGUGAACUCUGCUCUGAAGGAGAGACUACUCACCACCUGCAUGUUUUAAGCAGGCUCUGUCCAACUAUACGAGUGCAGCCCUCUGGGCAGGAUAUUGUUGAGAACUAUGCUGUGACUCCAUGUUAGUGGCCAUGCAAGCCGUGGGCUCCCUGGCCCUUAUGUGUGCAUGUAACGGGAGUGCCUGAGAGGACAUCCUGGCUCUUUGGAGGUCCUUUCUCUGCCUCUUUUUCCUCUCUACUGUAACAUCCUUGUUGUUCAGAAAGAAAAUGAGAAUCUCCCACUAGUUAGAAUAUGUCCCUAAGUAUACACAGUUUCUAUUCUGGAGGAGCCAAGAAAGGAACAGGAUUCUGACUGGUUCUAUCAGGCUUCAAGGAAAAUGCUGUCCAAUGAAAUCGUCAAGACUUGGGUUCCUUCUCCCACUGCUGUGUCCUGGUGCAGGUCAUUACCCCCAGCCUGACAGGUUGUCACAAGUGCUUCAGCUGACAGGAGCAAACAUUGUGACAGAAGUUGACACCCGGAGCAGUAGGAAAUGAAGCCAAGGAGGUCAGGGCUUUGCCAAAUGGACAAAAGGGAGUCGGGGAGAAUUUUUCAGCAAAGAGUAGAGUAUCCAAAAGCCUCUACAUGGGAAUGUCUGAGGAGGACUCUGAAAUUGGAUUCUAAAUUCCCUAAGGUACCAAUUCCAAGAUCUGCUGCCAGUAGUUUCUGAAAUGCCAGAUCUGAGUGCCAGAGAAAGCUGGAAAGCCAGUCAGCCAGGACUGCAAGUGCCAGAAGAUUACAAACACAGCCACUCGGUGCAGCUUGCUGGAGAGCUCAGUGCCUUCUCAUUUCUGCCAAAUGAAUGUGGCCAUCAAGGUUUUCAUUGCUCAGUCCCGAUCAUCUGGAAGUCACCAAGAUGUUGAAGACGAAGAACUUACAAGAAUAUUUGUUAUGAUACCGAAGUCCUACACAGAAGAAGAUCUAUGGGAAAAAUUUAAGGUGUAUGGAGAUAUCGAGUAUUGCAGCAUUAUUAAGAAUAAAGUCACUGGAGAAAGUAAAGGUUUGGGCUACGUACGAUACUUAAAACCAUCACAAGCUGCCCAAGCAAUAGAAAACUGUGAUCGAAGUUUUAGAGCAAUCUUGGCUGAACCUAAAAAUAAAGCCUCUGAAUCCUCUGAACAAGAUUAUUAUAGUAAUAUGAGGCAAGAGGCUUUGGGACAUGAACCUAGAGUAAAUAUGUUUCCAUUUGGAGAACAAUCUGAAUUUUCAAGUUUUGACAAGAAUGACAGCCGAGGCCAGGAAGCAAUCUCCAAACGCUUGUCAGUUGUAUCAAGAGUUCCUUUCACUGAAGAACAGCUUUUCAGCAUUUUUGAUAUAGUACCAGGAUUGGAAUAUUGUGAAGUUCAACGAGAUCCUUAUUCAAAUUAUGGUCAUGGAGUGGUUCAGUAUUUUAAUGUAGCAUCAGCUAUUUAUGCAAAAUACAAAUUACAUGGAUUUCAGUACCCUCCUGGGAAUCGAAUAGGUGUUUCCUUCACUGAUGAUGGAAGUAAUGCAACAGAUCUCCUUAGAAAAAUGGCAACACAGAUGGUAGCUGCACAGCUUGCAUCAGUGGUGUGGAAUAACCCAAGUCAGCAACAAUUUAUGCAAUUUGGAGGAAGCUCUGGAUCACAGUUGCCUCAAAUCCAGACAGAUGUUGUACUUCCAUCAUGUAAAAAAAAGGCCCCUCCUGAAACUCCUGUGAAAGAAAGACUUUUUAUUGUGUUUAAUCCUCAUCCUUUACCUUUAGACGUAUUAGAAGAUAUAUUCUGCCGCUUUGGUAACCUGAUCGAAGUUUACCUUGUGUCAGGAAAAAAUGUGGGGUAUGCCAAGUAUGCUGAUAGAGUAAGUGCAAAUGAUGCCAUUGCCACUCUACAUGGUAAGAUUCUGAACGGGGUGAGACUUAAAGUUAUGCUGGCAGAUUCGCCAAGAGAAGAAUCUAACAAACGGCAAAGAACUUACUGAUUCUUGAGGUUCGAUAAAAUACUGUGGAAGACUUUCCCAAAUUUUAUAUGGUUGUGACAAGUUUUUUUGGGUAGGUGCACCUUUUUAUUUGUUUCAUUAAUUUUUAAGAGGCUACAGACACAGCUCAUGAAGGCUAGUUUAUUUCGUCUCUGAGGUAUGGGCCUGGUAUUGAAUGAUUCAUGCCUAGGAAAUAGAAGAACUAAUCUUCGGAUAUAACUUUGAAAGUAGUUGAGUUCUAUUUCGAGAUGGGUCUGAUAACCACAAUGUAAUUGUCUAUUUGAGGAAAAUAGAAAUUUUAGUAUUUCAGAGCAUUGGAUUUUUUAUUAAUUCACAACAUUUUCCCUCUAGAAAUUCAGUACCUGCAUCAUGCUUCUGAGUAAGUUUGGUUUUAUUUGGGGGUGGCUCUGAUUAAGCAGAUAACAUUGGGUAUAUUGAAAUAAAGGAACAAUUCCUAAAAUUUUAGGAAUACUACAACAGCUGUUUCCUUUCAGGUGAUGAUUUUCAUACUUGUGUUGUGUUCUUUCUACAGAACAAAGACUAAAUAAUGACAUAAUCCUCAGCUGACUGACUGAAAAUGUGACUGGACGCAUUCCCUGUGGACAGUUGACAGCUUUUUUUUUUCAUAUACCUGAUAGUCUGUGUACAGCAUUGUUUUGUCUGGGAAGCAGGGAUUGCUGACAUGUAUUUUUGAAUCCAUACAUUAAUGCUAAAAUGAACAUAGUAGUUGUUCCUUAGAGCAAUAUGUUGUUACGUGUAGCAGAAAUAAAGUUUUCUUUGCUUAACUAAA